AUGUUUACCGUUAAAACGUUUUGCAACGACAUUGAUUAAUGAAUACACCCCAGGGUGACAACGCCGAUGACUUUCUAUGAACAUGGCCGCUCAAGAUGAACUCAAUCAACUGGAGCGAGUUUUCUUGCGUUUGGGCCAUGCAGAGACUGAUGACCAACUCCAGGACAUUAUAUCCAAGUUCCUGCCUCCGGUCCUCCUCAAACUGUCCAGCGUGCAGGAGGGAGUCAGGAAGAAGGUGAUGGAGCUCCUGGUCCACCUGAACAAGAGGAUUAAGAGCAGACCGUUGAUCCAGCUACCAGUAGAGACCCUCCUGGUUCAGUACCAGGACCCCGCCGCAGCGUCCUUUGUUACGAAUUUCACCAUCAUUUACAUCAAGAUGGGUUACCCUCGACUGGAGGUGGAGAAACGGUGUGAGCUGGCACCUACUCUGCUGACUGCUAUGGAGGGCAAGCCUGAGCCCCAACAGGAUAGCUUGAUGCAUCUCCUGAUCCCGUCCUUGUAUCACAUGAAGUACCCAAAGGACUCUUCCAACACUUCCAAGAUGGCCUCUCCCUUCAUCCUGAUGGAGAAACCCAAGACGGUUCUGUUACUGCUGGAGUUCAUGUUGGACGUACUGCUGAUGCCCUACGGGUUUGUCCUGAACGAGCCUCCCACUCGCCCAGCUCCCUCGUCCCCUCAGGGUAGCUCUGGGGCAGCGGCGGCCGUACCGGGCCUCCCCCAGCCGCCUCCAGGGAUGAGCGUCUACGCUGCCAAGAGGGUCAUCGGAGAGGCCCAGUGGAGCCCAGAGCAGCUGGAACAGUGUAAACUCGGCAUAGUGAAGUUCAUCGAGGCAGAACAGGUACCGGAGGUGGAGACUGUCAUACACCUGGUGGUUGCCUCUAGCGACACAAGACACGGCGUUGCCACGGCCGCGGACCUGGAGCUCAAGAGCAAGCAGAGUAUUAUCGACUGGAACAACCCCCUGAUCGUCAACAGGAUGUACAAGGUCUACCUGGGAGACAUCCCCCUCAAAACUAAGGGGGCCAGUCUGAAGAGGGAGCUGAAACAUGAGCCGGUCAGCACCAGAGUCAAGAUGAAGAUCCUACCACAUCUCUUACGCUCACGCCUCGCCGCUGAGUGCUUCCCUGCUAACAUACAGGUGGUGUACGACGGUCUGUUUGGAGCCAACACCAACAACAAGCUGCUCUCUCUUACGCUUCAGUUUGUUCACCACAUCUGUCAGGUAUGUCCUGACACCAACAAACCACUGGGUCUGAUGCUGCUGAAUGGCCUCACCAAGCUCAUCAACGAGUACAAGGAGGAUCCUAAGUUGCUGUGUAUGGCCUACUCUGCUGUGGGGAAACUGUCCAGCCGGAUGCCCCAACUCUUCACCAAAGAUAUCGCUCUGGUCCAGCAGUUCUUUGAGGCCAUGUGCAAGGAGGAGCCUGAUGUCCGUCUAGCCAUCCAGGAGGCUCUGUCUAUGAUGGUGGGAGCCUACGCUAACCUACAGGGGGCGCUACUGAACCUGAUGGAAGCCCUGGUGGCAGCUUACAUGGGCAAGCCUGAGGUGCAGGUGCGUCAGGUGGCAAUGAAGUACGCCAGCACGGUAUUUGCUCCUGAUCACGUGCCCUCCAGAUACUUGCUCCUAUUGGCUGCCGGGGACCCGAGAGAAGAGGUAUGCAGCGAGGCCCAGCGUGUCCUGAGGGCUCUGCCUGCUAAGAACUCGGAGAAAGAGGGCCGUAAACCCAUGCCCUCAUUCCCUGACAUGGUGGCCUACAUCCAGGAGAAGGCUGCUCAGAGGAUGAAGACGCCGGCUAAGUACACCGUGGGGACGUACACGCUCCCCUUCAACCCUUCUGCGUUUGGAGAGAUCGUGCUGUACCUGCGGAUGUGUCUGGCCCACAGUGCCGGGGCCACGCCCGUCUCUAAGAGCCUGGCGGACAUGCAGGACGACGCGCCUGCCAUCGGACGCUACACGCUCGCCCUGCUCUCCAAUGAACCCCUGACCUCCCCGUCCUCCACUGGAACCAAGGGGGCAGAGGUCAACCCUGUGCAGGUCUACAUGGAGCUACUGCAGCAGCUGCUGUCUGCUGUAGGAGGAGUCCCUGUGAUGUACUGUCUUCUGGAGGUGGUGUCUGUCUGUCCUGACAACCUGGCCCCCAUGUUUAUCCACAAGAUCGACUGGAUCAAGAGUCUAAUGAACACCAACAAGGAGGACCUAAGGGAGCUAGCAGCUCAGCUCUACGCUGUGGUGGUGUCCACCAUGUCAGGAAACGAGCUGAAGACUGCCGUUCAGACGCUCAUCAAGAUCACUAAAGAUACACACAGCCCCGAGACCCAGCACGGAGCCAUCAUGGCGCUGGGCUACAUGGUGGCCAGGUACAUGAGCAAGAGGAAGUCCUUCGCUAACGGAGACUCCGCCCUCAACCGGGAACAGAGGAUGAACGACACGCCCAAGGAGGACGAGGAGCUGGUCGCUAUAGCAACCAAAGCCAUCGGCUCGUUCCUAGACAGUGGUUCCCCUCUGCUGGCUGUUGCUGCCUGUACGGCCCUCGGGGAGAUCGGGAGGAACGGGCCUCUGCUCAUCCCUUCAGAAGGAGAGGGAUUCACCAAACUAGCCGUGGUGGAGAAGAUGCUGGCUCGCAUCCCCUCUGGGAAAGAGACCCUCAAGAUGAAGGAGAGAGCCAUCCAGACUCUGGGUUAUCUACCAGUGGGAGAUGGAGACUUUGCCCACCAGAAGAAGCUGCUGCAGGGGCUCAUGGACUCUGUGGAGGCCAAACAGGUAGAACUACAGUUUACAGUAGGUGAGGCCAUCACCAGUGCUGCUAUAGGGACCAGUUCUGGAGCUGCCAGGGACCCCUGGACCUGUACUGAGGAACAAUACAGUCCCCCAGACAAUGUGGAGAGUAACGAUGUGGUUCCGUGGGUGCUGAACUCUAUCCUGGCUAACCCUUCAAUCCCAAGUCAAAACCCCCACGUCAGACAGGCUGCCUGUAUAUGGCUGCUCUCUCUGGUGAAGAAGCUGCACCAGCACAAAGAGAUCAGGUCUCACCUGAAGGAGAUCCAGACGGCUUUCAUCUCCAUCCUGUCAGACCCUGAUGAGUUGAGUCAGGACGUGGCAUCUAAAGGUCUUGGUCUAGUCUAUGAGAUGGGAGGAGAGGGAGACCAGCAGGAACUGGUGUCUACACUGGUCGAAACACUGAUGACUGGCAAGAGGGUGAAGCAUGCCGUGUCGGAGGACACCGAGGUGUUCCAGGGAGAGGCUCUGGGGAAAGCACCGGACGGACACGGACUCUCCACCUACAAGGAGCUGUGCUCAUUGGCCAGUGACCUCAACCAACCGGAUCUGGUCUACAAGUUCAUGAACCUAGCCAAUCACCACGCCAUGUGGAAUUCCCGCAAGGGAGCAGCGUUUGGGUUCAACAUCAUAGCAGCGAAGGCAGGAGAGCAGCUCGCCCCCUACCUGCCCCAGCUGGUACCACGUCUGUACCGAUACCAGUUUGAUCCCAACCUGGGCAUCAGGUCUGCCAUGACCUCCAUCUGGGAUGCUCUGGUCACUGACAAGAACAUGGUGGAUAAGUAUCUGAAGGAGAUCCUCCAGGAUGUGAUAUCUAACCUGACCAAUAACAUCUGGAGGGCCCGGGAGUCCGCCUGCCUCGCUCUGAACGACCUCAUCCGAGGACGCAACGCCGACGACCUCAUCGACCACCUGGAGGAGAUCUGGGAAACCCUGUUCAGGGUUCUGGACGACAUCAAGGUGUGUACUAGGAUGUGUGAGUCGUCAGGUUUAGCAGCCCAGAGGUCUGUAGCUGUUCUGUUACCAACCCUCCUGGAUCUCGUCAGCAACGUGCCUGAGGUCCUCUCUCUCAGUAUCCAGACCCUGGUGAAGGUGUCUAAGACAGCUGGUAAUAGGUUGAAGCCCCACGUCCCUCGUCUAAUCCCAGCACUCCUGGAGGCUCUCAGUGUCCUGGAGCCACAGGUCCUCAACUACCUCAGCCUCCGAGCCACGGAGCAGGAGAAGAGUGCCAUGGAUGCUGCCAGACUCAGUGCUGCCAAGUUCCCCAUGAUGGAGACCAUCAACAUGUGUCUGCAGCACCUGUCUGUGUCUGUUCUGGGGGAGCUGGUCCCCAGACUCUGUGACCUACUGAAGAGUGGAGUGGGUCUGGGCACCAAGGGUGGUUGUGCCAGUGUGAUCGUGUCCCUCACCGUCCAGUGUCCCCAGGACCUCACCCCCUACUCAGGUAAACUGAUGAGUGCCCUACUGAAUGGGAUUCAUGACCGUAGCAGUGUGGUCCAGAAAGCCUUCUCCUUCGCUCUGGGACAUCUAGUCAGGACAGCGAAGGACAGCAGUGUAGAGAAACUCCUACUGAAACUCAACACCUGGUACCUGGAGAAAGAAGAGCCGGUGUACAGGUCGUCGUGCGCCUUGACGGUCCACGCUAUCAGCCACUACAGCCCUGAUGUCCUGAAGGGGCAUGCGGUGGGAGCGUUGCCGCUAGCCUUCUUGGGUAUGCACCAGGCGCCGGGACCAGACGAGGAGAAGGGAGAGAGCCACGACGCCACGCUGUGGAGCGAAGUCUGGCAGGAACACGUACCAGGAAGCUUUGGGGGCAUCCGCCUCUACAUGACGGAGCUGAUCGACAUUACCCAGAAGGCCUUGCAGUCCCAGUCGUGGAAGAUGAAGGCCCAGGGCGCGGCUGCCAUGGCGUCCAUCGCUAAGCAACAGACGGGUUCUCUGGUCGCCCCCCACCUGGGUAUGGUGUUGUCCGCUCUACUGCAGGGACUGGUUGGACGCACCUGGACUGGAAAGGAGGAGCUGUUGAACGCCAUCGGCUCUGUGGUGUCUAAGUGCAGGUACGGUUUCUCCUCUCCUUCUGACACUAGGAGCAGUCUGUCUGGCUCUCCUUCUGACACUAGGAGCAGUCUGUCUGGCUCUCCUUCUGACACUAGGAGCAGUCUGUCUGGCUCUCCUUCUGACACUGGCAAUGUGGAGAGUAACGAUGUGGUUCCGUGGGUGCUGAACUCUAUCCUGGCUAAGUACAUCCCAAGUCAAAACCCCCACGUCAGACAGGCUGCCUGUAUAUGGCUGCUCUCUCUGGUGAAGAAGCUGCACCAGCACAAAGAGAUCAGGGGGUCGGGGGUCAAGAAGCUGCUCCAACACAAAGAGAUCAGGUCUCACCUGAAGGAGAUCCAGACGGCUUUCAUCUCCAUCCUGUCAGACCCUGAUGAGUUGAGUCAGGACGUGGCAUCUAAAGGUCUUGGUCUAGUCUAUGAGAUGGGAGGAGAGGGAGACCAGCAGGAACUGGUGUCUACACUGGUCGAAACACUGAUGACUGGCAAGAGGGUGAAGCAUGCCGUGUCGGAGGACACCGAGGUGUUCCAGGGAGAGGCUCUGGGGAAAGCACCGGACGGACACGGACUCUCCACCUACAAGGAGCUGUGCUCAUUGGCCAGUGACCUCAACCAACCGGAUCUGGUCUACAAGUUCAUGAACCUAGCCAAUCACCACGCCAUGUGGAAUUCCCGCAAGGGAGCAGCGUUUGGGUUCAACAUCAUAGCAGCGAAGGCAGGAGAGCAGCUCGCCCCCUACCUGCCCCAGCUGGUACCACGUCUGUACCGAUACCAGUUUGAUCCCAACCUGGGCAUCAGGACGGCCAUGACCUCCAUCUGGGAUGCUCUGGUCACUGACAAGAACAUGGUGGAUAAGUAUCUGAAGGAGAUCCUCCAGGAUGUGAUAUCUAACCUGACCAAUAACAUCUGGAGGGCCGGGAGUCCGCCUGCCUCGCUCUGAACGACCUCAU